CUUACUAGAUGCACCUAAAUAUAGAGUCCUUGAUUAGAUACAGUACCUGUUUCCCAAAACAUCAAAUCUAAUCAAUAACAACAACAACAACAACAAAAAUGCCACCCCAAACCCCUCAAUCCGCGACCACAGUCUACCUCGAUCAACCCCCAAGUUGUCUUCAAACCUGUCCCGCAUCACCCAACCACAUCGUGAUAGGCACAUACCUCCUCAGCGAGACAAAAGAUGAGGGAAAUGACACAAUCCAACAAACUAAAACAGGCAGUCUUCAGCUCUGGCAUUUAGCACCGGAAACGAACACCUUAACCCAACUCCAAAAACUCUCCCUCCCCCACGCAGUCUUCGACCUACACUUCCACCCCACAAAUCCCACCCUGUUAGCAAUCGCCACAAGCUCGGGAUCGGUAUCCCUCUUCCGGAUCACCACCACCGACAUCUCCUCGGGAAGCAAACCCGAGAUCCUCCCGCUCUGGACCAAACCCGUCCACGAGGACCCGACCAUCCCGGCACUAUUCCUCGCUUGGACGCCUGCAUGCUGGUUGAAUCCAGCUACUAGUAGUAGAGGAUCUUCGUCUUCCGCGGAUGGGUUCGCGGUCACGUUCUCGGAUGGUCGGACGAGGGUUUUCGGGUGUGCCGAGGGGAUCUCGGGUUUAGCCGAUGGUGAUGAUGGUCAUGUAGAGGAGGUGGGGUGUUUUGCUGUGAGGGAGAUGAUUGAGGUUUGGUUUGUUGCUUUGGGGGUGUUUUCUUCUUCCUCUUCUUCUCCUGAUGAGGAGAAGGGGAGGUUUUUGUUUACGGGGGAUGAUUUUGGGGGGUUGCAUACUCGGCGGUUUUCUGAUUUGAAUUCUAAUUCUAAUACUGACCUAGAUGAGGCUGAGGCUGAGGCUGAAGCUGAGCUGCUGGCGCCGGUUAUGUUGGACUAUGAUGAUCGGGCGCGUCAUCAUACUGCUGGUGUGACGGCUAUUUUGCCCCUGUCGGUAUUGGGAUUGGAGGAUGGGGCGCCAUUGCUCCUUACGGGGAGUUAUGAUGAGCACCUCCGGGUUUAUCAUGCUACGCGGAGGGGGCAGGUUUUGGCGGAGGUGUGUCUUGGGGGUGGGGUUUGGCGGUUGCAGUUGGUGAAGACGGAGCAUGGGGUUUCGUCUGGGGGUGAGGAGUGGAGGUUCCUUGUUCUGGCGAGUUGUAUGCAUGCUGGCACGAGGGUGGUCAGGGUUACCCGGACGUUGGGGGAGAAUGCCGGGUGGGAUAUUGAAGUGUUGGCUGAGUUUACGGAGCAUCAGAGUAUGAAUUAUGCGUCUGAUGUGUGGAAGCCGGAGGGCGGAUAUGAUCUCCAAGGGAAGGAGAUGUCGGAGCUGCUCUGUAUAUCGAGUAGUUUCUACGAUCGGAGACUUUGCCUGUGGCGGGUUAAUGUAUAGAACAAACGACCGGAAUAAAAAAAUAU